AUGGGCGAACACUCAGCAAUCUGGCAAGGCUAUGUGGACUCCAGCCUGAUGGGCUCGGGUCAAUUUGACAAGGCUGGUAUUCUCGCCGCCGACUUCUCCGGUCUUGAGGCUGCCUCGCCCGGCUUCACGCUCUCCCAGGAGGAGAUCAACUCCCUGAUCAGCGCCUACACUUCUAGCGACAACGCCUUUGCCAAUGGUGUCUCUGUCUGCGGUGAAAAGUUCGUAACCAUCAAGGCUGAUGAGCGCAGCGUAUAUGGCAAGAAGGGUAAGGAGGGUGUCGUUAUUGUCCGUGCCUCCUCUUGCACCAUCAUCGCCCACCACAACGAGAGUGCCCAGACCACCAACGCCGCAACUGUUGUUGAGAACCUCGUCGACUACCUUAACAAACCCCAGUAA